GCUGAUGCAAGAGCACAAAACUGAUUUUUGAGUUCGCCACCUGCCAAAAUAUUAUAACCAAGUUUUGUAAAGAUCCAAUAAAAUUGUGGUAAAUAUGGAUGACGAUAUGAUUUUUGAUCCAUCUCUUAAGAAGAAAAAGAAAAAGAAGACUGGUUUCGACAUGGAUGCAGCUUUGGCUAGUGAACAAGGUGAAAGCACAUCUGUUGAAGCACCCGUCGAGUCGGGUGACGUCGACGUGCCCGAGGACGAAAAUCUUGAUUUAGAUAAUUUUGGUAAGAAAAAGAAGAAAAAAAAGAAGACAUUUUUUAAUUUGGAAGAGUUGGAAAGUGCACUGCCAGAAACCACAGAGGAGAAACCACCUGCGGAAGAGCCAGAGCCCCAGGAGGAGGACCUUGUUGAUGAUCUGGAUCUUGAGAUAGAUUUCUCAAAAACAAAGAAAAAGAGAAGGAAGAAAAACUUAGACGAACUAGUUGCCGAAGAGGAAAAUAACGAGAACCAAGAGAAUGCUGAAGAUUUACAUGGUGAUUGGGUCAGCACGGAUCGAGACUAUACAUAUGAUGAACUCCUUGAACGUGUAUUUGAUAUUAUGCGUGAGAAAAACCCAGGUAUGGUCUCUGGUAAAAAACAAAAGUUCAUUAUGAGACCACCACAAGUUGUAAGAAUUGGAACAAAAAAAACAUCAUUUGCAAACUUUACAGAAAUUUGCAAAACCCUUCACCGACAGCCCAAACAUUUAUUAGACUUUUUACUGGCUGAAUUGGGUACCAGCGGGUCUGUUGAUGGUAACAGUCAGUUGAUUAUCAAGGGUCGUUUCCAGCAGAAACAAAUAGAGAAUGUAUUACGUCGGUAUAUUAAGGAAUAUGUAACUUGUCACACCUGUCGCUCACCUGAUACUAUUUUGCAAAAGGACACCAGAUUAUUCUUCCUUCAGUGUGAGACAUGUGGCUCACGUUGCUCUGUGGCCAGUAUAAAAUCUGGUUUCCAGGCUGUCACUGGCAAGAGAGCUGCAAUUCGUGCAAAAAUUGCAUAAAAUAUUUUAUCUAGAUUAUUUAAAAACAAUUACUGUGUGGUACAUUAAUGUUUUGAAAAUCUGAGUUGUGGGACAGAGAAAAAUUUCGUUUUCAUGUAAAUUUUGUAAUAAAUGAAGUAAUAAGUGUGGCUGUUCCUGUAUUUAUGAUAGAAAUUGGAUCAACUAACAAGAAUAGUUGGUAAUCCGUUCAAUCCAGAAUUUAUUUUAGAGCUUGAAGUUGUCUUGUGGUGUCCCUGAAGUAAAUGUACCCCUUCUCAAUAACUAUUAUAUUAUACAUAUAAAUACAUUAGUAUCACAUCUGUAUUACUCUUGAAUACACAUUGUUUUUAUA